UAUAACCAACAGUUAAUAACUAUUCAUAAAGGAAUAUGUUUCACUUAGUUAGAACUAGAUCUUCCAGAAAAAGUAAAUCUUUUAAUAUCGAUGUAUAUCUAUUGGCUGCUGGAUUUCUCAUUUUGUGUAACAAUUAUGAUUCCAUAUCAGGAAGUCCAAUACAUGGAGUAAAUGUUCGAUUUGCUGAUCCAGGAGAAUUUCCUUACGUUGUAUCAAUUAAACGUUUUAAUCCUACUAACCCUCAACCCGAAAAGGAUCAUGUGUGCACAGGAGUUCUUGUUUCACAUAGAGAUGUUUUAACAGCUGAAAGGUGUGCGGAUACGUUCGGCAAUCAGAGACCUGAAAUAGUCGUUGGAAAUAACAAUAUCAGAGAAGGUACAAAACAUUACGUACAUUGGUGGAUGGCAGUUAGACAGUGGGCAAAUGUACGAAAUGUAGCACUUGAGUUUUUGCAGAAUUCUCUUCUUAUCUAUAGGGUAUAUUCCUUUUUAAAGCAAAGGGAGUGA